AUGCCAUACGCUGUGCAAAACGUCUUCCUCCUCCUCGGCCCAACCCUGUUCGCGGCGUCUAUUUAUAUGGUUUUGGGUCGUAUCAUCCGAUGUGUACACGCCGAAACACACUCGCUCAUUCGCAUCAAUUGGCUCACGAAAGUCUUUGUUUCCGGCGACGUUUUCUCAUUUUUGAUCCAAGGUGGAGCUGCCGGUCUCAUGGUUUCCGGAAGCAAUGCCAAAAUGGGUAGCAACAUUGUUGUUGUUGGUCUCCUCAUCCAAGUCCUGAUGUUUUGUCUUUUCAUUCUCACAUCGGUGGUGUUUGAAGUUCGCAUGCAUCAACGUCCCACUGCUAAGUCUUUCAAUGCGGAACUCGAUUGGAAAACCCAGCUUCGGACGCUCUAUAUCCUUAGUGCUCUGAUAUUGAUUCGAAGUGUUUUUCGGGUCUUUGAAUACAUAGAGGGCACUGACGGAUAUCUGAUGGAGCAUGAGUGGACGAUCUAUAUAUUUGAUGCAGUAUUGAUGUUGUUAGUCAUGAUCGUUUGGGCAAUCCGGCACCCUGGGGUUCUGCAAAAGUUCCUCCAACAAGAGAAGGCUCAAAUGAGGAUGGAUCAUGAAUUGAGGUGA